GUUAUCCUUAGAUCCAAUCCAGCCAUCUCAAACAUGAAGGCUAUCAAUCUUCUCCUCUUGGCGGUCUUCGCCAGCCUCCUUGUUGCUGCUUGGGCGAAGCCUGCCGGUGGUGAUGAAGGGACAAAUCAAGGUGACAAAGGUCAUUCAAGUGAUGGGGGCAAUCAUGAUGAUAAAGGCUCUUCUGGUGAUGAGAACCCUAAAGGUGAUGAAGGUAAUCAGGAUAAGGAGAACACCGAACAUUCUGAAGGCAGUGACCAUAAGGACACCGAACAUUCAGAAGGCAGUGACCAUAAGGACACCGAACAUUCUGAAGGCAGUGAACAUAAGGACACCGAACAUUCUGAAGGCAGUGACCAUAAGGACACCGAACAUUCUGAAGGCAGUGAUCAGGAGAACCCUGAAGGUUCACAAGGCAGUGAUCAGGAGAACCCUGAAGGUUCACAAGGCAGUGAUCAGGAGAACCCUGAAGGUUCACAAGGCGGUAACAAUGCAAACUCUGGAGGUUCAGAAGUCGGUAACUCUGAGGGCCCUGCUGGUGGUGAGAACAGUCAAGGGGAUGGCGGCAUUCUUCCAAUUUUGCCUUGAUUUCCCUAAAUGCAGGCUCCACAAUGGAUUCCUAAACAGGACCAGCCAAGUCCUUAAGAUGAAUUUCCCCCCUGAUGAUUUUGCUGCCUCUUCUUUUAUGAUUCUUCAUGUUUUCUUAAUGAUUCCAUGUCUCACAAUCAAUAAAGUAGAAUAGA